AUGAUAACCAUAAUGGAUCAAAAUGAUAAUAGACCUUAUUAUAAUCCAGACACUUUCAAUAUUGGUUAUUCAGCAAUUUUUCGUCCUGGCAUAGGGAUCCUUGAUCCAUAUAAUGUAACUCUGGCCGAUAAAUUAUCUAUAAUAAGUAAAGACAACCAUGGAUCCCUUGGUAUAGCUAACAGUGGUAUUGGAUCAUUGGGCAAUAUUAAAAAUAUUAUCCAAGUGGAUCCAGUGGAACAAAGUUCUAUAAAAACACUUUGGAGUAAGUUUGAUGUUAAAAAGUAUCUCAAUUCUCUAUAUUCAAUGUUGAUAAGGCAGAUAUGUCUACAGCCAUUCCAAGUGGCCAAGUUAUUGUUGCAGUUAUUAUCACCUAAUGAUAUUGAUUCAAAUGUUUCCUCUUUAAACAAACUAUCUGCGACAUCCAAUAAUAAUCCAGAACAACAACAACAUGAGUAUGAUUAUGACGAUUAUGAGGAAAGGGAGGAGAUAGAUUUUUUUCCACCGAAAUUUAAGACUUCACAACAACAUGAUUCUAAUGAUGACGAUAUUCAUAAACCCAUACUUGAACCAUUACCUUCACAUUCACAAUCCAAUAAUAUGAAUGAUGUUGAUGAUAACAAUAAAUCAAGACUUAUUUUCCCUAAAUUGGAUACAUGGACCAUUAUAGCCACAUUACAACAAAACUUAGGAUGGAAAUCUUUGUGGACAUCUUUUCAAAAUAUGUUAUUGUAUGAUACCUUGUAUCCAAUCUGCACAUACACAUUGAAAAGAGGGUUGUUGACGCCUUUAUUAUCUCUCUUUAUGCAACCCAUUAAAAUUAUAUAUUCAUUGACCACACAGACAUUACUUAAUUGUACAGUGGAAUUCAUUACAGAAUCUAUAUUAUUAUUGCCCAUCGCAUUAAACAGUGUAAAAGAUGUGAUGCUUAUGGGUCUGCACCCAGAGUUUAAACAAAGAAGAGAUAUUUAUUGGUUCCAUGAUUUGGAAUGGAACCAAACGUUGAUCUCUAUUCAACUGUUUACACUACUGAAAGUCAUUAUUAAUAACCUGUACCAUCAUCUAUUUGAAUCAAUUGUAGUCUCUUACUGCGGUAUCAAUUUAUCACAUUUGUCAUCUCAUGAAAGAUUAUUAAUUAUAAUAACCUUGAAGUUGAUUAUUGAUUCAGUCCAAUUAAUAUUUAAGUUGCCAUUAGAAUCUCUAGUCAAUAGAUUUAAAUGGAAAUAUGUGAUUAAAACAGAUAAGAAUGAACUAAGCAACGAUUCUGUUUCUUUACCAUUGAUUUUUAAACCUAUUAACGUUCAUUCACAAGAGAUCUGGACAGGUCUUUGGCGUGGUUGGAGAUUACAUUUAAUUUCUCGUAUAUGUGGUACAAUCUUUAAAUACUUAAAUGGAUUAGGCACUGAUUUAGAAUGGGAGAAAUUCUAA